UGCACCGGCUCGCAAUUCGAACACAUCAUGUACUUAUAAAGCAUCUAUGCACCGUUUGCGUCCUUUCCUCGGACCUGCCGCCUGUCUAGCAUGUGAUUAUGCAAGUGCAAUCCUACCAGCACAGCUUGUUCGGGCAUUUGCACUUUGCCGCACGAAAGAAAGACUCCCGUUGAUCACGCGCGAAGAAGUGGCCAUGCAUAGAGCCUCAGAGCUGGAGCUGCGGAUUUGCAAUAACGGAGUUCUUUGCACUAGACCCAUGGCCAUCCCUUCUGAUUGGACGUCAUUGCGAGCCUUGAGUCUCACCUGCUUCCUCCGGUCCGGCGAGAUCACCAUGCGGACCAUGAACAGCUUCCGGGUUGCGUGCAAUCUCGCGGUGAGCUGUAGAUAUACUUGUCCGGCAUGGAGCAACGGUAGACCCCAUAUCUAUCCAACGACGUUAUGUACGUUGUCUCUCUCACUGCAUAUCCACUCUACCCACCUCAUAUACCUACCUUUGCCAAGGUGAAACAUAAGUUAUAUCAGCCACGUCGACAUUGCAACCUAUCGAUCAGUUGUCACGAUAAGAACGGCGACGCCGAGAAGGCCAGCCGGCGGGGGAGACAUGGCAGGGCAGCGGGAUUGUUACCGGGAAACCGUGCAGCAUCUCGAUGUGCUCGUUGGUUCGUUUAUCCGCUUAGUCUCCGGCCAGUUAUCGGACGCUCUUUCAUAUAAAGU